GAAGUGUUCGCAUUUAUCAGACGUAAGCGGGUUUUACGGUGCUAAGCCACAUUCACAAAGUCGAGAAAACUUGGAUACUAUCGUGGAGAAAACGAUCAAACUGGCUACUGAUAUUUCUACCUAUAAAGCUCCCUUCCCAUCUUAUCCUGCCGCCGACCAGGCCACAAGCACUGUCCAAAUGAAGAACUUGUACCCCUCCACCUGCACCCCGACCAUCGCCGCUGACUGUCCGGCUUCUCUUGCAGUGUGGUCCGAUCGCUACCUCACCCCCACCACCGAGUCACGUGGUCUCAUCCCCACACUGGAUUCUCUCCCCACGGACGAUCUGAGGAUGGCCUCCAUGGCCUACCCACCCGUAUCCUCCUCUCACAUGUCCAAGGCCGGCAACCCUUACUCCGUCAACGGCAUCAGCUUGACCUCCCCCAACGUGGACCUCCUGCACCCAGCGAUGGGUUACCAAGGCGGUAAUCCAAGGAAACAGAGACGUGAGAGGACAACCUUCACCCGCGCCCAGCUGGACGUUCUUGAAGGCCUAUUUCAGAAGACACGCUACCCCGACAUAUUCAUGAGAGAGGAAGUCGCCCUUAAGAUCAACCUCCCCGAAUCCCGAGUCCAGGUUUGGUUCAAGAACCGCCGCGCCAAAUGCAGGCAGCAACAAAAGGCUCAGGAACAGAAGACCAAACAGCAACAGGGGGGUCAGCCUAGCCCACCCCAGACAUCCCAGUCCCCCAAGAAGGAGCCGAAGACACCCCCACCCCAGGCACCAUCUCCAGUCACCUACAAACCCCCAGUAGUCAGCACCACACCUCCUAACGGCAGCUCCCUCAACGCUGCAACCUCCAUCUGGAACCCAGCAGCAUCGAUGCCACCCAUGAACGAACUCAUGUCCAAUAAUAGCUGCAUGCAACGCUCCUACCCUAUGAGCAACGGUCAAGCACACUCGUAUAACCCCCAGGGCUAUGGCCACUCGUCCUACUAUGGCAAUAUGGACUAUCUGAGUCAGAUGCAGCUCCCGGUCAUGUCCAACCAGAUGCCCAAUGGUAUGGGCAGCAUGUCCAACACACACGGGAACCAAAUGACCUCAUACGGUACCCUACCCUCUGCACAAACGCUCUCAAGAGGUAACCAUGGUGACUGCUUGGACUACAAAGACACAACCUCCUCCUGGCCCAAGUUCCAAGUUCUAUGAACAGUGCAAAGAGACACUUCGUGAACAUUUAUCAAGUGAGGUUUCGAGACUUCCGUCACCAGAAACUAAGCUAGUCUGGUGGCAACGUUGCCACAGGAACAACCUUCGUUGAGUUGCACCACAGCACGGUUGAAGUCCGUGCUUCGUGUGAAGUCCAGAAAUGCACGAUCACUGCCAGACAAUCGACAAGAGAUGUUGUGUACCACAGUCUUGUGACCAGUGACGUCAUCGUCAUCCUUGUGACGUCAGGAAUCCUACCCGUCUGUGUGUUUCGUUCCAACCUCUAAGCCCAGCGAAACGUGCAAGUUCCCGCCCCGGUGGGAACACCAUUAUUUAUAUGUGCACUACAUCACAGUCGGUGUCGUCCAUCGAUGUGCCCUCCUCCUUCAAGACCUUCAGACAGGGAUAUUGUGUAAGAAGCCUGUAUAUACUCAGAGACUUAUAUGCCCACCACGGGCAAGCUAGGACCCCGGGCAUACCACCAGUAUUAUAACGGUCACAACGUCACCCCGCCCGCCAUCACGACACCGUCUCGACGUCCACAUGAGCUUGCGACGUCGUCGUCGCCCAAUGCUACCUUGUAGCGACAACGAAAUGCCCUGUCCAUCAAUUGUAAAUUAUAAUCGCCACGUGACCGGAUCUGCAAUGUAGUAUUAACUUACACCUGUACUCAUACCUUGUUUUCUUUGUCAUUUCUCUCUAUUUAUGGCACCUGAAGGUGCAAACAAAGCGAUGAUCAUUAAGCACCUUUUAAUAUAUUUAGUGUGACUCAAGAAAUUUUGAGUUAGUGAAUAAAUCGUUGUUUUAUGAAAA